AUAAUUAAUGAAAAUCCUUUAGUUAUAACAAAUGAAUCUGUUAAAACAAUUAUUUAUAGAAAAAGAAGAUUUUUUAAUAAUGUUUAUGAUUUAGCUAAAAUUUUUAUACCAAUUAAGGAUGCUAUUAUUAAGUUAGAAAGUAGAAAUGCAACAUUAGCUGAUUGUUAUUUUUUAUUAAUAAGUUUAAGAAAUGCAAUUCAUAAAAUGCCUAAAGAAAUUUAUAAGCAUUUUCAUCAACAUGCUAUUAAAGUAUUUAAUUCAAGAUUUGAAGAAUUUGAAUUUGAUAAAUAUCUUUAG